AGUCCAUCAGCAGGCUGCCAUCUAACGUUUACGUCUCGGCGCCUUCGUCCGUAUCUAUCUCCAAGCGAUAACCCAUCUCCCUCUCUUCCAUUACUCUUUAUCACUCCGUCUCAUCCAUCCAUCCAUCUUGUUGUCCUUUCCUCCAUCGUAUCUCUUGUUCACGCUUUGCUUGUCAAGGCUGAUCAGAGCUUCCUUUCCUCCUCGACCGCCGUCUUCUCUCUGACCAUCGCAACCGUCUUAUACAGCUUAUCAGGAUGAAGUUCCUCGGUCUUGCUGUCCUCCCUCUCGUAGCGGCAGGUCCGCUCCUCAUCGACACCAUUCACAAGAAUGCAGCUCCUAUCAUCUCCUCCUCCAACGCAAAGGAGAUCCCCAACUCCUACAUGGUGGUCUUCAAGAAGCACCUCACCGAGCUAGAUGCUGCUGCUCACCACUCCUGGGUUCAGGAUGCCCAUUUGUCACAAGAGACACGCAAGCAAGAGCUACGGAAACGCAGCCAGACUGCUUUCUCUGAUGAUACUGUCUUCGAGGGCUUGAGACACGUCUACAAUAUCCCUGGCGGAUUCUUGGGAUACGCUGGUCACUUCGAUGAAGAUGUCAUCGAGCUUGUCCGCAGGCACCCAGAUGUCGAAUACAUCGAGCGUGACUCCGAGGUCCACACCCUUAAGGAGGUUCCCUCCCUCGAGAAGAACGCUCCUUGGGGUCUGGCCCGUAUCUCUCAUCGUGAUGCCUUGAGCUUCGGUAACUUCAACAAAUACCUCUACACUAACGAUGGUGGUGAGGGUGUUGACGCCUACGUCAUUGACACUGGCACCAACAUUGAACACGUUGACUUCGAAGGCCGUGCCAACUGGGGCAAGACCAUUCCUCAAGGUGAUGAAGAUGUCGAUGGUAAUGGCCAUGGCACUCAUUGCUCCGGCACAGUCGCUGGCAAGAAGUUUGGUGUCGCGAAGAAGGCCAACGUCUAUGCCGUUAAGGUCUUGAGGUCCAACGGCUCCGGCACUAUGAGUGACGUCGUCAAAGGUGUUGAGUGGGCUGCGACAGCACACAGCGAAUCAGUCAGUGCCGCAAAGAAGGGAAAGAAGAAGGGUUUCAAGGGCAGCGUUGCCAACAUGAGCUUGGGUGGUGGCAAGUCUAGAAUCCUGGACCUCGCCGUUAACGCUGCCGUUGAUGCUGGUCUCCACUUCGCUGUUGCUGCUGGCAAUGACAACGCCGACGCUUGCAACUACUCUCCCGCUGCCGCCGAGAAGGCUGUCACUGUUGGUGCCUCGACCUUGGCCGACGAACGUGCCUACUUCUCCAACUACGGCACCUGCACUGACAUCUUUGCUCCUGGCUACAAUGUGCUCUCUGCCUGGAUCGGAAGCAAGUAUGCUACUAACAGCAUUUCCGGUACCUCGAUGGCAUCGCCCCACAUCUGCGGUCUUCUUGCCUACUUCUUGUCUCUUCAACCCGCCAGCGACUCAGCUUACGCUGUGGCUGAGAUCACUCCCAAGCAAAUGAAGGCCAACAUGAUCUCCGUUGCUACCGAGGGUGCUCUGACUAGCAUUCCAGACGACACCGUCAACCUUCUUGCCUGGAACGGUGGUGGCAAGUCCAACUACUCUGAGAUCAUCAACGAUGGUGGCUAUACCCUCAACAAGGGUUUUUCGACUGAGGAGUACAUCCACGAGAAGGCGCACGAGCUCAAGGCUGAGCUCAAGCGUGUUGCCGCCGAGCUUGAAGCCCUCAUUGAGAAGGCUUAAGGGGUUCUCAUCUAGCGUGUCAACGAGCCACGCACAUUUGAUAUGGCUAUUUUCCAGCCAUAGGGGUUGGGUCGCAUUGUUUCAGGGGCAGAGGGAGUCAUCCUGUAUUGGUGUGGGCUGCAUGGCUUAGGACUUGACGGCUAUUGUUAUAGGCCGGCGUAGUGAUCUCAUAGUAUCCGACCUAGAAGGUCUUAUUACUCACAUACAACCGUCUCAAUGAACUCAUUAGAAAAACAAAAU